AUGGCACUAUCGAAAAGUGCAGCAUUAAACUUGGUAAAACAAUUUCGUAUACAAGAACUACAGGCUUUAUUAGAUUACGCUCAUCUGAGUCACAGUGGUCAUAAACGUGAUUUGCAAGAACGCGUUAAGAAAUACAUAAUGUUAAGUUAUUCACCACAAGUAGUUUUGAAAAUUCAACAAAUUAAUUUAAACCGUAUAAGUUCAACAAAAGAAGUUAUUCAAACAUCGAGACAACAGCAACAAAUGUUUAAUAAAUCACAACAACAAAACCAAAGAAUAAAUAUCAACAGCCAAUGUUAUUCUUCCUCAUCUCCGCAAAUCCUUCCCACUCACUGUUCUUUCACGUCGUCUUCAACUUAUCCAAAUGAAAUUGAAUUUUUACCAUUACCAUUUUAUGAUAAAAUCAAAACAAUUAUAUGUUCCAAUAUUAACGUUGAACAAAUGAAUCUUUCACCGAUACGUUUUACGUUAAAUGCGGAAGAAAUCGAACAACUUCAUCCAUCAUCGAUUAGUCAUACACCUUCUGAGAUGCGUUUAUUUCUGAGAUUUUGUGUUACAAAUUCGUUUGACCAACAAAUCGAUGUAUUGCCACCCUAUUUGUACGCCGCAUGUAAUGGUCAAUCAGCUAUACAACAAACAGUAACGAAAACCAUGGGCCAACAGGCACAUCAUCCCACAUUUCCCAGUGACAUCACGGAUCUAAUUAUAGCAAAGCCAAACACGAUCAAUAUCAUUGAUUUAAUGUGGAUGCAAUCUCCAACGAAUAUGCAAUUAAAAAAUCUUCCCAAAUCGUAUACAUUAGCCAUUCAUUUAAUGAAAAAAGUGCCGUUAAAUGCUCUCUACGAGAACAUAUUAAAACGAGAGCCAUAUGUAUUUCAAAAUCCAUUUCAAACACGACAACAGACUAAUGACAGUGAUAUUGAAUUAGAUGAAGAAGAUGUGAUUUGUACGACAACAUGUAAAGUAUCACUUUUAUGUCCAAUAACACAAACGAUAAUGCAAAUGCCAUCAAAGUCUAUUCAUUGCUCACAUUUAACUUGUUUUGACCUAAAAAAUUUUUUGAUAAUGAAUGAAAAACGUAUGACAUGGAAUUGUCCAUUGUGUAAAAAGGCCUGUCCGUAUGAGACAUUAGCAGUUGAUAAACGUUUAGAAAAUAUUAUAAAAUCUGUUCCAAUGAAUUGUUCGACAGUUGAAAUGGAUCCUUCAAGACAUCAAAAUGGUGAUGACUAUAUGAUACCUCAUUUUAAUUAUAUUAUUGAUACAAUUAAACAAGAGAGAUUUGAUGCUAUUAUGCCUAAUACAAAAAGAGAAAAAAAUGAUAUUAAUUAUUUUGAAAUACUUGAUCAUUCUACGACAUCCUCGCCAAGAAAAACAACAAAUAGUAACAAUACCAACAAUUUCCCGGCAGAAUCGAAUGUCAUUGAUCAAGUGAUUGUGUUAUCCAGUGAUGACGAAGAAGAAAAGACUAAUCAAAAUGAAGUCAAUAAUAAUUAUAUUCAACAAAAUGGAAAUAGUGAACUAGAUGAUGCUGUUGAAUAUACUCGUGCUGAUUCUAAUGAACCGUUCGAAAUGCAUAAUAAUAAUAACAAUAAUAAUAAUCCUUUGGCAGCGCUCAACAGUCAUCGUGAUUCAAACUCUUCACAUGUCAGUAUUUUUCCAUCAGAAGAAAAUUGUGGAUCAUGGGAACAAUUACCACCAUCACAACAGCAAACUUCUUCAUCAAUGAGUCAAGUAUUGUUAUCAACUGUUGUUCAACGAAAUAAAAUGAUUUCACAAAAAGAGUCUAUAGCCUCCACGAAAAAAAAUCCGUCAAGAAAAUAUUCUCCGUCUUCAUCAUCCCGUUCAUCGAGUUCUUCACCUGUCUCUUCUGCUUCAUCCACCAGUAGUUCGGAUGAUCCCUCCUUUCGUUUCAAUGGUUCAGUACAGAGUCCAUUACUAUCAUCUCGUCAAUUACCUAAACGAAAAGCACGUAUUAUUUCUACGUCAACCUCGUCUUCUUCAACUAGAAAUGACAGUUCAUCUGAAACGAAUACAAAACACAAACGUUUAAAAAUAAGCCGUAAAAAAUCUCCGUCAUCGAUAUCAACAAUUUCUUCAUCUUCAUCAACUAGUAGUAGUCGACGUAAUUAUAAAAAACGUAGGUUACAGAAGAACGUUUCACAGAAAUCGACACAAGAAGAGCCAGAGAUAAUUGUGCUCUCAGAUUAA